AUAAACCCGGUAUGACGAACUGUCCAAGUAAAUUUAUCCGCAGUAAAAGAGAGGGGAUCAAGCACAGUAAUGUCAAUGUUGCUAAAUGAUAUUUUGUUUUCAACAGGAUGAUGACGAGGAAGUGACAAUCAACCACAAGCACUCAACUCCUUGUCGUCAUCUUUCAGAAAGUGAAAUAAGCCAAUCGACCCCUUACACUCCACGGUUUGAAGAUAUGUCAGCUUCCUUCCAGACAGUACCUGAUGAUGAUACAGUACCUCAGUCCCCUCAAGAUUUACUAAACAAGUUCCUGAUUGCAAGGGAUGUCAGUCCUAUCAAGCACUCCCUUACGAUACCCUAUGAAGAGGCCUCUGAAAGAACAAAGCGAGGCUACAUAAGAACAGCCAAACAAGUGGUUGAAGCCUGUUUGGAAGAAAUAGCGCCAAAUGACUCUGAUAUGCUCUUCCACUCAUUGUACGAGUCAAGUGAAUCUGACAGUACGGUUGAUUCAGCCUUACUCAAAGCAUUAGCAGAGUGCUACAAUAACGCUCAACACUGGAGUACUAGACGGCAAGUGCUAUCUAUAAUGGCAGAUCAAGUAACCUUCAAGCAACUCAAGCAUUUUAUACCAAGUCUUACAAGAUACCGUUAUAACAUUGCACGCCAUCAUCUUUUACUUCAUGGCAGAGGAGCUGUGCCCCAGGUGGAGAAGAAUACCAGAAUACGCAUUCCACAAGCAAAGCUCGAUCAUUUUCUCUCAUUUUUAACUAGCUCAAAUGUGGUUCAAGAUUUGCCAUUUGGAGAAAAAACUCUUGUUUUAUCGACGAAGGCUGAGAUAAAAGUUCCGAAUCUUAUCAGGGCGAUAAUACCAGAAUCUAUCGUGAAGCAAUAUCAAAGCUACCGCAAAGAAACUGAUUUCCAACCUAUGAGCCGAAGCACUCUGUGUAGAAUCAUGAAAGUAUGUUCGGCAACUGUUCGUAAGUCCCUACAAGGUCUCGACUAUAUCUCAGCCGAUGGCGCUCAGGCUUUUGAUGAUUUGGUAGAGGUAGUACAAAAGCUUGGAAGCGACUUUGGCAAAGGUCUAUCGUGGGCAAAUGACAAAAUUGACAAGUUAAAGAAUGUUAAGCGUUAUCUAAAGAGUGAUUACAAGGUAAUUACCAUAAUUUGUGCGCUAUUUGAAAGUGUAAAUACUAUUAUGAGAUGUGGUACUUAGAGAACAUUCAUUUCACGCGAGUCUGAAUGUGUAUACAAUUCUGUUUGAGGACGGACCGCUUUAGGAACACAUAAUAGCAAUCACACAACAUACAAAUGACAAAGAUUAGUUAUUAGUGACUAGUAGAUGUGCCUGUACUAUAUACAUCCAGAUAAUUUAUCGAGUUUGCACGCCCUUAGCUCAAAUGGCCAAUUAUUAUGUUUCCCGCCUUAAUUUAUUUUCGUUGUCUCUGUUAAAGAAAUUAAUGCUAGAUUAUAAGGAUUUCACAGUACUUUAUGCUAUAAAAUGGCAAAUAGUAACUGGGUGUGGAGAGUUAGCUAUUAACUAUUCGUAUGAUAUAUCAAUUCAUUAUAACUAUCGCAAUUAUGCUUACGUUGACCGUUCAUCUGCAGGCUCAUGUGGCAACUGCCUCAAGAAUUGGAGACCAUUGCAGAACAUAUGCGCUCAGUUGUCCUGUCGAUUCUUCUUUUGAGAGCUCUUGCGACCAUGAACAUGAUCUUCACUGCGAACGAUGUGACCUAUUUCCCUCUGUGUUGCAAGAGAUCCUGGCAGUUUUGAGAGAAAAACCUCAAUCUGAAGAAAUAGAAGAACUCUCUUACCAAGUGAAUCAAGCAGUUCAAGAUAUCGAAGCGUGGAAAGCGCAUCUUCUGCGUUGCAUCAACCAAGAUCUGGCAAGGGUUGACGUGCUAAAUAAGCUCACAGCAAGCUCUGUUCUACUCGUUCUUGACUGGGCAAUGAAGUACCUUCCACGCAAAUUUCGUGAAAGUCAAGCAGACUGGUACGGCAAACGCGAAAUACCUUGGCACUUAACUGUGGCUAUAACAAAGUCUUGUCAAUGA